AUGACCACCUACGACUCUUUACAUAGACAGGCCAGAACACUCGAGAGUCUGUUUGAUACCAAACUUACUGCUUAUGCGCGGGCCGGUUCGUCAAUAUCGCGUGGAGGAACCGAGGAUGUGGAAGCAACCGGUUCGACGGCGCGUUGGAGGGAUAUGGAAACUGAGGUAGACGAGCUCUUAGAGAAGCUCGGUGAAACCAAUGACCAGAUGGCAGCCCUCUCGCAAGACACAGCCAACCCGCCGUCUCACUCUAUGUUGCGAGCCAUUCAGCGCCACCGCGAGGUCUAUCGUGACUAUCAAAGAGAAUUCUCUCGCACCAAGCGCGAUGUACAGACUGCAAUAGAUCAAGCAACACUUCUCUCUGGAGUACGAAAUGACAUUGAUGCAUACAAGUCCUCUGCAACAGAGUCUCUACUAGCCGAACGAGGACGGAUUGACGACUCUCACAGGAUGAUAGACGAAACUUUGGAGCAAGCAUACGAGACCCGCGCUGAUAUUGGGCGUCAGCGUAGCGCACUGGGUGGUAUUCAGGCGCGAAUGACCGGUGUUUUGACGUCCAUGCCAGGGAUCAACAAUGUCCUAUCUAUGAUCCACAAGCGACGACGACGGGACAGCAUGAUUAUCGGCGGCCUCAUUGGCUUCUGUGCCUUCCUCAUCCUCCUCUAUCUUUUCCACUGA